AUGAACUGGGACAAUGACAGGCACCCAGAGAUCGCAUAUGCUGGCUUCAUUGAAGGGAAGGAGUUGGUUGACCGGACUCUGUUUGGCCUCUCAUUUCUUGAAGCUGGUGAGAUGGAUCCUCAGCAGCUGGCCGUUCUCGAAGGUGCCUACGAAGCCAUCACUAACUCUGGUGUCAAGGUGCAAAGCCUAUCCGGCAAGGACGUGCCCGUAGUGGUUGCCGUCAACCAUGCCGAUGCCGAGAUUGACUUCUACAGUCACUUUCGUGGAGUCAAUGGCGUUCCACCUCACAUCCGCGCGUACAAAGCAUUGUCAGCCAUUGCAGGGAGAGUCAGUCAGCUGCUGGACCUGCGCGGGUCGACUUUCUGCGUGGACGCUGCAUGCGCGUCUUCAAUGGUGGCUGUUCAUGAGUCCUUUCACCUGGUGAGGAGCAGCCGGUGCAAAUCAGCGAUUGCCGCCUCGGUGAACCACCUUACGAGUAUGGCUGUGAGCCUCUCUAUGGCACCCAGCGGUCUGCUCUCAAAGACCGGGCGAUGCCACACCUGGGACUCUUCCGCAGAUGGCUUCGUACGAGGGGAAGGUUCAGCCUCACUUUUCUUGGUCUCUGAGCCUGAUGGGUCUGCAGAGUCCUUGGGCGAGCUCUGCAACACCAUGGUGAAGCACAAUGGCAAGACUUCGCACCUGACGUUUCCAGAGCGCAAAGCAGAAGCAGACCUCGUGUACCAGUGCAUAAAUUCUUCAGACAUUAGCUUCAGUGAGAUCACCUAUGUUGAAGCACAUGGCACUGGCACGAUAAUCGGUGAUGCCACUGAAGCACAUGCGCUGCAGGAUAUCUUUGGUAUUUGGCGCAAACGAAAGUCAAAUCCAGUGCUGGUUGGCUCUGCAAAGGCCAAUCUAGGUCACCUUGAAGCAUCCGCUGGAAUGGCGGGACUUUUGGCUGUUCUGGCUGUAUUCAAACGCCGUGUAGCAGCCGGAAAUGCAGAGCUGAAACAGCUGAGCCCAUACAUCGCAGGUGCGGGUGAUGCAGUUGGCCUGCAGUUCCCUGUGGAGACAACUCCAUUGACACACGGCCCACUUGCAGCCUGCUGCAACUCCUUCGGCUUUGCUGGGACAAUUGGCGCAGCUGUCUUGGCUUCUUCAGAGUCUCCGAAUACACAACAAGAAGUCCGGCAUCGGGUGGCUUUCGUCUUGGUACUAAGCGCCGAUCUGCCUACACAGUCUGCCAUUCGGGAGGUAAGCGGCUCUCUCGGAUCUACAUAUCUGACUGCGGUCAAAGCUGUGGCAGAGAUGAUGCCCGUGGCUGUUGAUUUCGGGGCUCUAAGUGACGUGCUCUUGGGGCAGGCUGAAUGCCCAGAUUAUUUGAAAGCCAGUGCGUUCGCUGCAUUUCAGCUUUGCUUCGCAAGCAUAUGGAGAGAUCAUGGUGUUCAUCCAGACAGCUUCGCGGUAGCCACCUCGGGAGGCUUACGGAAAGUACCGGAACCUUGGAGGACUCUUUUCGAGAAGGAAUUCGAAUGCGGGAGCCAGACUCUGUCCGAGUAUGAAAUGGCGAUUGCCCUUGUCGCGGAGGGCACGAGGCCGUUCCACAACGCCGUAAAGUGUGUCGAGCAGGAUAAUGCGAGAGCCAAAGUCAUACCAGGUGCGGCAGCCGCAUCACAUCUCUUUGCGAGCAUGGGUCAAGUGGCCCGACGCAUGGUCUUCGACCUUGCAGCUCUCGAGUGCGAAGCGAAGGUUGUGCACAUAGAGGAGCCUGGCCUGCACUGGGAAUCCGAGAAGGCAUCCUUGGUGCCCGUUUCAAGCUUCAACGAGGCACUGGUUUUUGUGCAGAAGCUCCUGAAGGAGGUCGACUACAGUGACGAGGAGUUCGGAGCAUCCACGAUUCCCUUUCAGGAGCUGGACUCGCUCCAGUGGACGACUUUCAAGAGCUUGCUCUGCAGCCGCUGCGACCUCCUCGAUGUUGCGCUGGAUGCAAAUGUUGCUGGUAUCGCCCAACAGCUGCAACAGAAGACUCUGCACAGCCGACUGUCCGAUGUGCCCCAGGAGAUGGGGACGCUGCAAGCACUCACACCACUAGAAGCGGAAGGUCCAUCUAAUACGCUGAUUGGAGUUCAUGGUAUUGAAGGCGACCCCUUGUCACUGCAGUUCAAGACCUUGGCGAAAAGGUUGGCAGGGCAGGUGGCAAUGUAUGCGCUGAAGGUGACGCCGCAGCUACGAGAGGCAUGCUCAAACCUGGAAGAUCUGGCCCAGAUGCAUGUUGCGACACUUACGGCUCGAUUCGGCUACAAGACCUACAACAUCUACGGGCACUCCUUUGGGGCCAUGGUGGCGCACAAAAUGGCAGAGCUAUUUGAGCAGAAAGGAGUUGCGGUGACGCUCUUUCUGGGAGACUUCGAGGUGGCAUACCCGCCCGAACGCUUUAUGUCAAAUGUAAACGCGGAUGACUUUACGGACCGCUGCCGAAUGGGAAACUGGGAGGGUCCCGAACUGGAGGCAUACAAAAUCCUGCUCAGGAGACACAUGUUUUCACACAGGGAGGAUGCCAAGUAUUGCAGGAUCUUAUUGCAAGAUGUGGCAGAUGUAGAAAGGCGGGAGCAUGAGCUCAAGGGCUUUGUUCUGACCAAGGCUCGCCCGAACAACCUGCCCAUGGAGCACUACUUCAACAUGAUCACCGAGUUCGCAGCAAACAUGGGCUUUCACGAAGAACUUGUGAUGCAAAGCUCCAAAGCAGAAGCCGGGCAUGAGAGCGGUGCGAACUUCUUCGACCGGCAUACAUACUGUCCUGGCAAGCUGUCAGCAGCAACGCUGUUUGUCUCCAACAGCAGAGAGUUUUCCUGCUGCAUGGAGGUCAACAAGCACUUCUACAAGGAACUGGACAUAGUGCAUGUCCCUGAGCACGAGCACUACAACUUGCUUGAGAGUGAGGAGACUAUCCCCAGCAAAGUUCUGCAAGUAUUGCAAUCCCGGGCAACCUAG